AUGAAAUCCCUUCAGUCCAUUACCCAAGGCGUGCAACGUGCGCUACCCGCACGGUGGAUGCAAUCAGCGGCUAUCCCUUCAGCGGUUGGCCACAAUUCUAUGCGUGGAAAUAAUGCCGCCUUCUCCCAAGCAUCACCGAGAAGAGCCCUAUCGUCCAGCAAGGUACUUGCACCCGCUUAUAAGCUUCGACCGCAAGGUAUUUCUUCCAGUCGCCAGAGACCGCCUCAAGGUCAAGCAUUAUACACCACGAGCACCGCUAAACAACCAACCAUUCACAACAUCUACGAAAAAGUAACCGGAACGUGGCAGUACAUUGUCGCAGAUCCUUCAACAUCAGCAGCAGCCAUCAUAGACCCCGUCUUGAACUAUGACCCCGCCACACAAGCUAUCACCACUCAAUCUGCAGAUGAAUUACUCUCACUUGUCCAAGAAAAAAGGUACAAGAUCGAGAAAAUUCUCGAAACACACGCCCACGCCGACCACCUAACGGCAUCCGCGUAUCUCCAAAGCCGACUGGCUCAGAUACAGAACUUCAAACCACCAAUCGCCAUCGGCAAGCGCAUCGACCAAGUCCAGAAGCUUUUCGGCAAGCGCUACGGACUCGACGAAGACGAAUACACCAACGUCUUCAACAAACUGUUCGACGACGAUGAAACAUUUUCCAUCGGCAACCUGACCGCAAAAGCAAUCCACCUACCCGGCCAUACCGUCGACCACCUGGGAUACCAGAUCGGAGACAAUGUAUUCUGCGGCGACUCCCUCUUCCACGCAGACAUCGGCACCGCCCGCUGCGACUUCCCGGGUGGGGACGCAACACAGCUAUUUCAAUCAGCCCGCAAGCUACUAGAGCUAGAGGACCACGUCAAGAUCUGGCCCGGGCACGACUACCCGCCCGAGGGGCGGGAACCUACCCCAUGGAUGAGUGUGCAAGACCAGAAGAAGCUGAACAAGCAUCUUCGGGAUGCCAUCUCGCAAGAGGAGUUUGUGGCUAUGCGGAAUGAGAGAGACAAGGGACUUAAUGCGCCCAGGUUGCUGCAUCAGUCUUUGCAGGUCAACAUAAGGGCUGGUAGGCUGCCGAAGGCUCACGAGGGGUUGAGGAUGUUGAGGCUGCCGUUGAAGUUGGGGAAGUUGGAAUGGUAG